AAGUCCCACUCUUUGUCUUUUCUUCCCUUGCUUUUUCCCUUUUCCACCUCCUGCACCCCUCUGUCAAAACCCUAGAUUUGAAAAUCUAGGGUUUUUAUUUUUUCUUAAUGUGUUACAGUCAUAAUUUCGGAACUGCCAGCUUGCUACUCUCGCUUCUCUCUCCUCAAUCCAAGCCCUUGAUUUUUCUACAUUUCUCCGCUCACUAAAAAUCUGCCAUGCGCCUUCAAUGGUGACUCUGCUUCAGCUCUUAAGCCACUUCCUUUUUCCUUUCUCUUCUUUUUCUUUUUCUUUUUCUUUCACACACUCUCUCCCUCACUCUUUCUACUAGCGCAUUCGUAUUUCAUCCUUUUGAUGCUUCCUGUAUCUUCGCUUAAGUAACCUGGCAUUCACUUAAACAAAUAUCAGAACCUUGUCAAUUGGAAAAUAGUUAGAUCCCGUUCUCUUCUUUUGUUGUUUUCCGAUUAAAGAUCCAUCCUUUUUCGAACAUUUUGAAGCUUUUUUGUUCUUGACCACGCUCUUAAACCUCGUUUUGGUAUUUUCGUCUGGGUAAUUUAGCUGUUGAAUAGAUUCUAGUUUUGAAGAGGAUCUCUACAUUAACUUAGAUACCCUAAAAGCAAGCUGCAUUAAUAACAAAUCAUACAACUUUUUUUGUGGUAAAUGCAUGGAUGGGCGAGAAGCAAUGUCAUUCUCUGGCGGCUCUGCCUCAUUCUACAUACAUAGAGGAGGUGGAGGAGGAGGAGGAGGAGGUGUUGGUGGUUCUCGAACACCAACACAGCCACAACCCGGAGGCUUCCAAGGACCUCCUGGGUUCCGGGCUCUCUCAAACGUUAGAGGUGCUGGUGGCCCUGGUCCUGCUGCUUCUGCAUUCUCACCAGAGCCUCAGCAUCCUAAUUUUGGCCAUGGAAUCAGCAUAGGUUCCUCCUCCCCUGGUGGAGGUGCUGGUGCUGGUUCUGGUGCUGGUGCUGGUGCUGGUGGAGGUGGAGGUGGAGGAGGUGGUGGUGGAGGUGGUAGUGGUGCACCUCCUUCGUCUUCAGGGGAGCCUGUAAAGAAGAAAAGAGGGAGGCCAAGAAAGUAUGGUCCUGGUGGACCUGUUUCUUUGAGGCUCUCUGCCACUGCUAAUUCCUCUCCUGGCUCCGGUACUCCCUUGGAAAAGAAGCGGCGCGGACGCCCCCCUGGAAGUGGAAGGAAGCAACAGCUAGCUUCUCUAGGUGAAUGGAUGAAUAGUUCUGCAGGGAUGGCCUUCUCACCUCAUGUUAUAAGUGUUGAACCUGGGGAGGACAUUGUAGCAAAGUUAUUGUCAUUUGCACAGCAGAGACCAAGGGCUGUAUGCAUCAUGUCUGGUACUGGGAUAGUUUCUUCAGUCACUAUGCGUCAACCUGCUUCUAAUACUGUCAGUGUUACUUAUGAGGGACGAUUUCAAAUUUUAUGCUUGUCUGGUUCUUAUUUGGUUGCGGACGAUGGUGGAGCUCGUAGUAGAACAGGCGGCAUCAGUGUUUCCCUUUCUAGUCCUGAGGGGCAUGUUAUUGGUGGUGGCGUUGCUGUGCUUAUUGCCGCAACCCCAGUGCAGGUGGUAGUAUGCAGUUUUGUAUACGGUGGCAGCUCUAAGGCAAAGCCUAAGCAAGUGACAAGCACAAAAGAUAGUGGUUCGGAGCCUCAAAGUAGCGACAAGUUAGCUUCUCCGGCAAGUGCACCUCCUCCUAAUCAAAACUACAACUCAUCUUCAUCCGCGGUAGCCAUUUGGCCUGGUUCGCAGCCGGCUGAUCUUAAAAGUGCACAUCCACACACUGGUAUUGACCUGACUCGUGGAUGAACACAUUUUUAUUAUGGAAGAGAUGUUGCAGUUUUGUAUAUAAAUCUCUCUGUUGUAAAUCAACUUGAUUGUGAGCAUUUGUAACUAUGCUUAUGCUUGUUUUCCCUCUCACUGGGUAACAAGAUGGCACUAACAUAAUGCUGUAACAAAUGGCGGUGGAUAAUUUCUGGGGUUAGUUUAACAAUCUUGACUUGUUCAAAAAUUUCUGCUGAAAUUAAUUUCAGAACACAAUUAGGCUCUC